AUGUUACUGCUUGCUUUUCUUCAACUUAAUCCAUCUAUAAAAGCUUCACCCUCGGCCCCGAAAACAAAAAUUGAACAUAAUAAAAAUAAAGUUAUGCAUAUUGGGCACUUCUCUUUCACGGAGUGUUUGUGGCUAUGCUUCUCCCCAAACAAGCAACCAAGCAAGCCGCGCGUAAGUAUAAUGGGCAAUAAUGGAAUAAUAGGAGAAAAGAUGAUUGGAGAGCAAUAA